AUGAAUGGAUCCGACAAUAGCACUCCUUCCCGACCACGGUCGAUAACUCAGCCUUCACUUGCCUUCUCUUCCUUGCCCCCAUUGAGUCCUUCUCCGUCGUCAUCCCGUCGCAAUUCAAUACCAUUGAUGAACCCGUCUGCUUCUGUGGAGAGUAGAGACUCUUCCAUUAGGGUUAAGAAGAAAUCUUUAUUGCCUCCUUUGUGUGUGAAGAGAAGAGCACCCAAAGACGACAUUGAACCUUUCAAGAGACACUACAGGAGUCUUUCAGUGGAUAGUUGUUUGAGUGACUUACUAAAACUGCCUCCUUCUCCGAAUAACGUUUCCUCUUCAAGAUCGGUUGAUGGAGAACAAAAUGCUUCCGAGCUUGAGUUUGAUACCAGUGUUUAUACUGAUGAUGAAUUGAAUAAGAUAGCAAAGAGUACCAAACUUAAAGAGGUUGCAUCGGAUCCUAAGGAAGUCAGAAGAAUCUUGAAAAAUCAAGAGUCCGCGGCACGUUCAAAGCAGAAGAAGUUACAAUAUAUGAUUAACUUGGAACUCAAAAUAAACUUUCUUGAGAACAAAAAUGCUUCAAUAUUUGAAAAGAUCAAGCUUUUGGAGAAUGAUAAAACAAUGAGGAUGAAUGAGAAGAAGGAAAUCAUGAUUCGAAUUGAAUCAUUGGAGCAACACGCCGAACUUCGUGAUGCCUUGACCGAACAUUUGCACGUAGAAAUUGAAAGGCUAAAAGCUGUAUUAAUUUCGAACGAAAAAGGGAAUGAAAAAAGUCCAAAAUCUAGGGAUGACAACAUGUGA